AUGUCUGAAUCCAUAGACCGAGUCUUCGUAAAAGCAAUUGGAACAAUUCGCACACUUUCCUCAAGAACAGGGUAUGGAGGGCUUCCUAGACCGCCAAUUGAAAACAGGGUAAAAUUGUACGGGCUCUACAAACAAGCCACUGAAGGUGACGUGGCAGGGGUCAUGGAACGACCAUUGGGCGACUCUCCAGAGGCAGAGGCUGCCAAAAGGAAGUGGGACGCUUGGAGAUCAGAGCAGGGUACGUCAAAGACUGAAGCUAAGCGUCAAUAUAUCAGCUAUUUGAUUGAUACAAUGAAACAAUUUGCAUCCGACACCACGGAGGCUAGAGAAUUGCUGUCCGAGUUAGAAUAUUUAUGGAACCAGAUAAGCGAUGUUUCUCCCAAUGACUCGUCCGAUUCUGAAUCGAAUGCCGGCCCUGCACAGUUACUACAGAACCAUGCUCAAUUGUUGAGCAGAGAUAUCAGUGUUGUUGACGACCCUAUUACCUCCUCAGGUAUGGACCCCAUGUAUAAUCCAAGUUUUCAGAGACAUAACUCUUCGAGAUUCAUCAACGCUUCAACAGCGGAGAGACUAAACAGUCUUUCCAAUUAUUACAGUAAUUUGAAUCCCACUCCGCCAUUAUCAUCUCGAAGAUACCAAGGUUCUGUGACCCCAAGAAAUGUUGACUUCAUCAAAUGGCAGAAUGAUAUCAACAAUUCCAUCAACAAACUCAACCACGACUUGCAAUUACUUGCUAAUAGGCGCUUGCAAUCUUCAGCUUCAGACCCUCUUUACUCCAAGAGAGGUUCAGAUCUAACUCAUGAUGAUUUUGUCAACGAUAUCUCGUCGUCCUCCAGCAACCGCAGAUUUCGUGCAAGAAGAAACCAGCCACUUGUAUCUAAAGUUCUGCUAGGAACUAUUUCGUUACUGUUGAAGCUAAUCAAGACAGUUAUUAAGCAUGUUGCGAUUGACGCCGUAAUUAUUGCUGUGUUGGUGGCCGUCAUAAAGCGCUCCAUAAUAAUUCCGAAUCUGAUAUCAAACGAAAUUUCACUGCAAAAGAUUCAUCAUUCAGAGCUGGAAUCUAAUUCAUCGAUCAAGGGAGAUAGUAAUGGUGGCAGACUGACCAUCGUUCUUCCUUUCAUCAACGGCAAAGACUUCUUCCAGGAAAACUCUCUGUUGGGAAAGUUAUUAAAAGUAUUCCAUGACUAUGUUGAUCAUGUCAGCAGAAUAAGAUUAAUUAAGAGAAACUAG